AUGGGGAGGGGUUUUUUCACCAACCUGAUUGUCCUGUGUGACAUCUUGUGCACCUGUGAUGGUGUUGUUUUGGGAUCUAUGGCCUUGCAUCUUUUAUUGCCAGCCAGCCAUACAUAUUCCACCUUGUGGCUUCCUACUGACCUAGACAUCUAUGUUCCCUUUCAGUCAGAGAACCUCAUAGCCUGUCUUUUGGUUGGUCAGGGAUAUUGUCUGCAUGAGCCUACUUCUGUUGAUGUGGCCAUGUAUGCAGGGACCUCCAUCCAUUCAGCACAUGCUUUCUUGAAGGGUCACUACAAGAUUGAUGUCAUCGUCUCAGUGAAUGCUGCCUCCAUCAUACCUGUUUUCCAGUUUCACACCACCACUGUCAUGAACUUUGUCUCCACAGAUUGCAUAUUCUGUGCUUAUCCUGCUCUUACAAUGUGGGCAUGCUCUCCUGUCAAUCCCAUGCUCCUCUAUAUUGGUGGAAUGCACCACAAGGCCAUUGCCCCACUGUGGAAAUACAUGUUGUGUGGUUUCACAUUUGAACUGUGUGUCAAGUCUCAUAGGUUCAGGUAUGUGUGUUGUGACAAGACUUGUGCUGUGACAGAUGGAGGCUGUAUGUGGGUUGAUCCAGAGAUGUUUCCAUGUGUCACUGUGACACAGCCAGAAAUUUUUUGGCCAUCUGGGCAUCCUGGACCUACACUGGAUGUUGGGGGGCAUGGUCUGUGGGAUGGAUGCCACAUUCCAAUGACCAUGCAUGCUUGUGAUCGACAAUGA